CUGUUCGAAGUGACAUCCCUCAGGUCUGUCAUAGCAUGAUCUAUCUGGCAGUGCUGUCUACUCACCUUUGCGACACAGCGGUCACGUCGUCCUUCUGGACCCGACUUACCUACAAGAACUCCAGAAAUUCCAGAAUUGAGGGAGAUCGCAUGGAAAAAUGUUUCAAGCAGAGCCAAGAAGCGUAUAUUGACAAAAACGGAGGGCGCGCUAAAGAGCUUUCUUUGAGGGGUGAGGCGUACAAAGACAAUAUGGUGCGCUUAGAUAAGGCAGCCAGCACGAAGAUAUUUGAAGAAAAUAAUCAAGGACUCGGUUUCGGCACUGUUGAUCUCCACGGACUCUUUGUCCCAGAAGCCAAGUUGCACUUUGACAACGCUGUUCAACAGGCUCGGAACCAUGAAGAAUUGUCACUUCGUGUGAUCGUGGGAAAGGGAAAUCACUCCGAAAAUAACAUCCCCAAGAUCAAAGUUGCAAUUCAAGAACGUGCGAGAAGUUUGGGUCUGGGCGUUGAAGUGGAUCCUCUCAACGAGGGUUGCCUUGUUGUGAGUUUAUGAGUCUUGAUCUCAGCUAACUUGAACGGCAAUUUUUGACGACCCUCAUCAUGAUGCACUCACACGAGUCCCACGUGCUUUUUUGUGUUAUCCUUCCCCUUUUCAUACUCGAGUGUGUAUGAUACUAUAACAAAUGUUUUGGUAUAUUUCAUUCUGUUCUGUCUACAGGAGACUGGUCUUGGUGUAGUGUAACAAUGUAGUGAUGUGAUGUAUUCAUUCUGUACGAUGCCAACUUUGGUUACAAGACUCUUUGUCAUCUCGCUCGAGUCCGCAUGCGUCCAUUGCAUUACCUC